UUUUUAACUAUCUAUAUUUUUAAAUGGGCAAUUUUAAUGACUUUACCGUAAGGAACAAGUUUUUUUGAGAUUCAAAAUGGCAGAUUCACGCCGGGAAAGAAGCAAUUCUAAGUCAAAUAAUUAGUUAACUAACCAGUACCAACUACAUAAAAUAAAAGUGUGCAGUUACUAGAAUCAAUGUCUCUUCAAGAUCUAUUUGGUAGUGGUAGCGAGAACAGUGACAAUGAAAAUCAGUCAACUCUUAAUGAGGUUGAACAGUUACCUUCAACACAACAACAUAUGGAUGAACUUUUUGGUGGUUUAGAUGACGAUGACGAUGAAGAUCAGGAUAAUGAUGCAAGAAGUGCAACAUCAAUAGAACCAGUAAAUGAAGAAAAUGAAAUAAUGGAGGAAGAAGAAGAUCAGGAUGAAGAUGCAAGAAAUAUGCCAACUACACAAGAUUUGUUUGGCGAUGAGGAUUUAGAUGUAUCUUCAGAUGAAAAAGAAGAACAG